AUGUCUAAUCUGUCUAAUGUCACUGAGUUAACAAAGUUCUUAAUUUUGUUUUCCAGGGAUAUCAGUAUGAACAACAUUACUCAAUUACCAGAAGAUGCUUUUAAGAACUUCCCUUUUCUGGAGGAGCUACGAUUGGCUGGCAACGACCUUUCUUUUAUCCACCCAAAGGCCUUGUCUGGGUUGAAAGAGCUCAAAGUUCUAACCCUCCAAAACAAUCAGUUGAAAACAGUGCCCAGUGAAGCCAUUCGAGGACUGAGUGCUUUGCAGUCUUUGCGUCUGGAUGCCAACCACAUCACCUCAGUCCCCGAGGACAGCUUCGAGGGGCUCCCUCAGCUCCGACACCUGUGGCUGGACGACAAUAGUCUGACGGAGGUGCCCAUUCACCCCCUCAGCAAUCUGCCCACCCUGCAGGCACUCACCUUGGCUCUCAACAAAAUCUCCAGCAUCCCCGAUUUUGCAUUUACCAACCUGUCGAGCCUGGUGGUUCUGCACCUUCAUAACAAUAAAAUUAAAAGCCUGGGCCGACACUGUUUUGAUGGACUAGAUAACCUGGAAACCUUGGACUUGAAUUAUAAUAACUUGGGAGAAUUUCCCCAGGCUAUUAAAGCCCUUCCUAGCCUAAAAGAACUGUUAUUUCAUAGUAAUUCUAUUUCUGUUAUCCCUGAUGGAGCAUUUGAUGGUAAUCCACUGUUAAGAACUAUACAUUUGUAUGAUAAUCCUCUAUCUUUCGUGGGGAACUCAGCAUUUCACAAUUUAUCUGAUCUGCAUUCCUUAGUCAUUCGUGGUGCCAGCAUGGUGCAGCAGUUCCCCAAUCUGACCGGGACUGUCCACCUGGAGAGUCUGACCUUGACAGGUACGAAGAUAAGCAGUAUAUCCAGUAAUCUGUGCCAAGAACAAAAGAUGCUUAGGACUUUGGACUUGUCCUACAACAACAUAAAAGACCUCCCAAGCUUUAAUGGUUGCCAUGCUCUGGAAGAAAUUUCUUUGCAACGUAAUCAGAUCCGCCAAAUCAGAGAAGGCACUUUUCAAGGCCUCAUAUCCCUAAGGAUACUAGAUCUGAGUAGAAACCUGAUCCAUGAAAUUCACGACAGAGCUUUUGCCAAGCUUGGGUCAAUAACUAACCUAGAUGUAAGUUUCAAUGAAUUAACGUCAUUUCCUACGGAAGGCCUGAAUGGGCUGAAUCAACUGAAACUUGUGGGCAACUUCCAACUGAAAGAAGCUUUGGCAGCAAAAGACUUUGUUAAUCUCAGGUCAUUAUCGGUACCCUAUGCUUAUCAGUGCUGUGCAUUUUGGGGUUGCGACUCUUACACCCAUUCAAAUACGGAAGAUAAGAGCCUCCAAGAACACAGUGUGGCCAAGGAUAAAGGUCCCGCUGAUGCAGCAGGGGUCACUAGCAGUGCUGAAAAUGAAGAGCACAGUCAAAUAAUUAUCCACUGCACGCCUUCAACAGGUGCUUUUAAGCCCUGUGAAUAUUUACUGGGAAGCUGGAUGAUCCGUCUUACCGUGUGGUUCAUUUUCUUGGUUGCAUUGUUUUUCAACCUGCUUGUCAUUUUAACAACAUUCGCACCCUGUACAUCCCUACCUUCCUCCAAAUUGUUCAUAGGCCUGAUUUCUGUGUCCAACUUACUCAUGGGAGCCUAUACGGGCAUCUUAACGUUUCUGGAUGCUGUGUCCUGGGGCAGAUUCGCCGAAUUUGGCAUUUGGUGGGAGAUCGGCAGCGGCUGCAAGAUAGCUGGGUUUCUUGCCGUUUUCUCCUCGGAAAGCGCCAUCUUCCUCUUAACGUUAGCCGCUGUCGAAAGAAGCCUGUCUGCAAAAGAGAUCAUGAAGAACGGGAAGAGCAAUCACCUCAAACAGUUCCGCGUGGCUGCCCUUCUCGCUUUCGCGGGGGCCGCCGUGGCAGGCUGCUUCCCCCUCUUCCACGGCGGCGAGUACUCGGCCUCCCCGCUCUGCUUGCCGUUCCCCACGGGAGAGGCGCCCGCGUUAGGGUUUACAGUGACCUUGGUGCUGCUAAACUCCCUGGCGUUCUUGCUGAUGGCCGUCAUCUACACGAAACUCUACUGCAACUUGGAAAAGGAGGACCUCUCCGAGGGCUCGCAGGCCGGCACGAUCAAGCACGUGGCGUGGCUCAUCUUCACCAACUGCAUCUUCUUCUGCCCCGUGGCCUUUUUCUCCUUCGCGCCGCUCAUCACCGCCGUCUCGGUCAGCCCCGAGAUCAUGAAGUCGGUCACGCUGAUCUUCUUCCCGCUGCCCGCUUGCCUGAACCCGGUCCUGUAUGUUUUCUUCAACCCCAAGUUCAAAGAAGACUGGAAGGUGCUGAAGCGACACCUGGCCAAGAAGAGCGGGUCCGUGUCCGUGUCCGUCAGCAGCCAGGCGGGUUGCGUGGAGCAGGAUUUCUACUACGACUGCGGCGUGUACUCGCAUUUGCAGGGCAACCUGGCUGUGUGCGACUGCUGCGAGUCCUUCCUCUUGACAAAGCCGGUGUCGUGCAAACACUUGAUCAAGUCGCACAGCUGCCCUGCCCUGGCAGUGGGCUCGUGCCAAAGGCCAGACGGCUACUGGUCGGACUGUGGCACGCAGUCGGCCCAUUCCGAUUACGCGGAUGAGGAAGAUUCCUUUGUCUCCGACAGCUCUGACCAGGUGCAGGCCUGCGGACGAGCCUGCUUCUAUCAGAGUCGAGGAUUCCCCUUGGUGCGCUAUGCUUACAAUCUGCCCAGAGUGAGAGACUGAAUCAGGGUGUCUGUGACUGCGUCCCGCAUCAGCCACAAUCCCAGUGUUCAUAGAGUGGACCCUCGUCUGGUCUUUCAUCCGGGAAGCACUUCUGUGACCACUGCCUGGUGUCACUUAGAGAAGAAGGAGAAGGUGGCAGACAUUUUCAGAGAACAAGUGCCUGAACGAUCCUUGGGUGAAAAAUCCAGUGUCCGAGCGCGGUGUGGUCUAUUUGGAACAACUCUGUAACUUGGAAAGGUUUUAUGUAUAUCCUAGCAUUCUAACGUUAGGUUUAUCUGAAAUUUGCAUAAGCAGCAAAAAUGUUAACCUGUUUCUGAAUGAAGCACAAGAUAAAGAACAGCUGUUAAUAUAUUUUAAAGAAUAUUUUAAAAAUGUGGUUUCACACAACUGAAGAAAGUCUUGCUAAUUUUACCUAAUGUCUGAUCAUUAAUCUCAGGACAACGGACUUCAGGGCCAAAAAGGCGAUCGUCUCCCAGGUAGGACUGUGAGAGUGAAUGUAGGCCUUAGGUUGUGGCAUUUUCUGUUUCCAUCUUUGACAUAAUAGAAUCGUCCAUUUUCUUGGAGUGAUUUGUAAACCUUAAAACCUGAAGAUGUUUUCAAAACAAUAUUAACAACUAUUAGAUUUUAAAAGAACAGCAUGAACAUUUGUUUUUAGUCAUUUUACAUUGCUUUGGCGCGAUCAGUCAUUUUUUUCCCUGAGUGUUUUGUCAUCACACUACUAGGAAAAGUAAAAGGGCUAAUUGCUGUGUGGGUUUAGUAGAUUUGGCUAAACUACUAACUAACUUCGGAGUUUAAUAGUAUCUGAGGGAUUUGAUGGCUCUGUGUAAUGUUCCCAUUAAUGAACACUUCCUAAUAUCAUUGGCUUUACUGAUGUUUUCCAGUUUUGUUGGUAUGUUACCUACUUAUAUUUUGAAUUAUACAGAAAGAAAACUGUGGUAAGUAAUUGCAUUUAAUUGGAAGAAAUUGGGAGUAAUUAUGAUACAAAGCACUUACAUUUAUUUCUUAGCUGGAUUCUCCUGAACUUAUGCUGUUUCCAUACAUUUCCCCCUACAGUAAUUUACAAAAAGCCUGUGAAACAACAGUUCACAGCUUAGAUACUGCGUUUUUGUAAAACAGGACACAUGUCAUUAAAAAAGAAGAAGAAGGGAUAAAAAUGAAUAAAGCUUAGACCCAUGUCUUUAAAAAUGAAAAAUUUUACUUGAUUCUCAUCUAUAGACUUUUGAUAUGUCACGAUGUGGGGUCAUAAAGUUAUAAAUGUUCAAUAUGUUUUUUGAACAAUAUGCUAAAUCAAUAGCAAACCCACUGCCAUAUUAGUUUUACAGGAUAUACUGAAAACAUUAAGCUAGAUUGCAGUUUAAUAAUUAAACUGUAUAUACUGUGCAUAUAAUGAAUUUUUAUCUUAUGUAAAUUAUUUUUAGAACACAAGUUGGGAAAUGUGGCUUCUGUUCAUUUCGUUUAAUUAAAGCUACCUCCUAAACUAUAGUGGCUGCCAGUAGCAGAAUGUUAAAUUGUGGUUUAUAUACUUUUUUGCAUUGUAAAUAGUCUUGGUUGUACAUUGUCCGUGUAAUAAAAACAGAAUCUUUGUAUAUCAAAAUCAUGUAAUUUGUGUAAAAUGUGGGAGGGAUUUAUUUACAGUGUGUUGUAAUUUUGUAAGGCCAACUAUUCACAAGUUUUUAAAAUUGCUGUCAUGUUUGUAUAUUUACACAUUGAUAAAUAUUAAAUCAUAACUUGGUAAAAAAA